AUGACUCUUCCGGCUCUUUUGACUGUCGACGACUACCGAAAGUACUCGGAACGGAAUCUCGUCAAGUUGGCGAGAGACUAUUACGAGAGCGGCUCCGAGCAAGAGCACACUCUCCGCCGCAACGAAUCCGCCUUCGACCGGUACUCGAUUCCUUCCCCGUUCCUCUUCCGACUCCCUCUCUUUCAGCCUUCUGAUCCGUCCAAGAUGUCUUCGUUCCGUCGAGAAAAUCGACACUUCAAUCGAAUGGCUCAACGGGCGGAAAGUGGAAUUUCCGAUCGGAAUCGCCCCGACGGCGUUUCAGAAAAUGGCGACAAAGGAUGGAGAGCUGAGCACGGCGCGCGGGGCAGCAGCCAGCAAAUCUAUUAUGAUCUGCAGUUCUUGGGGCACAACGUCUAUUGACGACAUUGGGAAGGAAGCGAAGAUCGUCGGGGCGACCCUCUGGUUUCAGGUACUUGCCGGACAUCUUCGGAAGUAGAGCAACUGAACCAUUUUAGUUGUACGUCUACAAGGAUCGCGCUGUCACCGAAUCUCUGAUCAAUCGGGCGGAAGCGGCAGGAGUUGAAGCACUCGUUCUGACUGUAGACACUCCGGUGCUCGGGCGUCGCCUUAAAGACACUCACAACAAAUUCUCCCUGCCGAAACACCUGAAGUUUGCGAACUUCGAGUCGAACUGUCAGGCCGAAAUGCCAAAAGGAGCUGCAGGAGAAUCUGGAUUUAUGCAGUACGUCAGUUCCCAAAUCGACCCGUCUCUCGAUUGGAACACUCUUAAAUGGAUUCGAUCGUAUGUGAAAAAGACUGAAAAAGAUGAUAAUGGAUUAUUCAGAAAGACAUCGCUGCCAGUGAUUGUGAAAGGAGUGAUGAGAGGAGAUGACGCAUUGCUGGCUCUAGAAGCGGGUGUCGAUGGAAUCAUCGUGUCGAAUCAUGGAGGUCGACAGAUGGACAGUUCGAUUGCUACUGUAAUUAAAACGAAGAAAACUAUCGAAGAACAAUCAUUUUCCAGAUUGAAGCCCUUCCAGAUGUUGUGCGUGCCGUCGGCGACCGAAUCCCCGUGUUUCUGGACGGCGGCGUCCGCAAUGGCCGGGAUAUUCUGAAAGCAGUGGCUCUAGGAGCGCGCGGUGUUUUUGUGGGCCGCCCGGUCCUCUGGGGACUGGCCACAUCGGUAUUACUUCGAGGGCUCCGCUCUGUCUAAGCGUUCAAUCAACAACUUGCGUGUUUAGGGUUCUUCGGGAGUGGCCGCUGUUGUCGGAAUUCUUCAGUCCGAGUUCCGGCACGCCAUGCAGUUGUCCGGAUUCAGGUCGAUCGACGAGCUUCGAAAAGAUGAGCAUACUGUUGUGCACACAUCGAAACUCUAA